CGGGCGGGCCCUUCGGCCGAUUUCCGGCCGCGGCGUGCGGGCUCCUGUGCAGGCUUUGUCGGCCGGUCUGCGGGGCGGGCGGCUGGCAGUCCGCGUGCGGGGCGCCGGCGUCCUCUCGCCGUUGGGCGCCGGGUGCUGACUGGUGACCAGAAGGGGACUCGGAGCCUGGGUUUCUGGGCGUGGGAACCUGCAGAAGGCAGUGUCUGAAACCCUCCCAGUGAUGGAGCUCACAGCCCCCACGUCUGGGAGGGGCCCUGACCCCAGACUCGGGAGGCUUUUAGGAAACCUGGAUGCACAGAGCCUGCGGAGCUGCACCUCGCAGGAAGGGGGUUUCCAGCAGGUGACAGUCACCCACUGGAAGAUACAAACGGCAGAGGGAGCACAGGCGGGGAGUAAGUCUGAGGGGAGCCCUCUCCUGAGCCCAGACCUCCUCCUGCUUCAGAGAGAGUUGAUCGAGGGGGAGGCCCCCCAGCACGAGGCCUGUGGCAGCUUCCCGUUCAACCCGGGCCUGGCCAGACAUCAGGCUUCUCAUGCUGGGGAGAAAGCUCACAGGUGUGAUGAGUGUGGGAAGGGCUUCAGCCAGAGCUCCCACCUGGUGGAGCAUCACCAUGCUCAUGGCGAGGAGAGGCUGUAUGUGUGUAAUGUGUGUGGCAAGGACUUCGUUCUCUACACGGAUCUCAUGGAGCAUCAGAAAGUACACACGGGAGAAAGGCCCUUCAAGUGCGCUCAGUGUGGGAAGGCAUUCUGUCACAGCUCAGACCUGAUCCGCCACCAGCGGGUCCACACCCGUGAGAGGCCCUUUGAGUGCAAGGAGUGCGGGAAGGGCUUCAGCCAGAGCUCAUUGCUCAUCCGGCACCAGAGGAUUCACACAGGGGAGCGGCCGUAUGAGUGCAACGAGUGCGGCAAGGCCUUCAUCCGGAGCUCCAGCCUCAUCCGGCACUUCCAGGUCCACACAGAGGUGAGGCAGUAUGAGUGCCAGGACUGUGGCAAGGCCUUCCGCCACCGCUCAGACCUCAUUGAGCACCAGAGGAUCCACACCGGGGAGCGGCCCUUCGAGUGCAACGAGUGUGGCAAGGCCUUCAUCCGGAGCUCAAAGCUCAUCCAGCACCAGCGCAUCCACACCGGGGAGCGGCCAUACGUCUGCAACGAGUGUGGGAAGCGCUUCAGCCAGACGUCCAACUUCACGCAACACCAGAGGAUCCACACCGGGGAGAAGCUCUACGAGUGCAACGAGUGCGGGAAGGCCUUUUUCCUGAGUUCCUACCUUAUUCGACACCAGAAGAUCCACACCGGGGAGAGGGUGUACGAGUGCAAGGAGUGUGGGAAAGCCUUUCUCCAGAAAGCACACCUCACUGAGCACCAGAAGAUCCACUCUGGGGACAGGCCCUUCGAGUGCAAGGACUGCGGGAAAGCCUUUAUUCAGAGCUCAAAGCUACUCCUGCACCAGAUUAUUCACACUGGAGAGAAACCCUAUGUGUGCAGUUAUUGUGGGAAAGGCUUCAUUCAGAGGUCAAACUUCCUUCAGCACCAGAAGAUCCACACUGAGGAGAAACUCUACGAGUGUAGUCAGUAUGGGAAAGAGUUCACCCCACCCCCAGAUUUUAACAGCAGUCAGGAGGCUUCCCAGGAGGGCCUUCCCUUGAGUCAGACAGCCGUACACUUGGGGGAGACGUGUGGAGGCCUGGAGGGGCAUACAGACUUCUAAUUAUCCUCUGGCUCACUUAGUGAUGCUGGAAACAAGUGGCAAGGGCCCUGACUCGUGAGGCUUUGGAGGAGUCAGCAUUUUCCACUGUCAUGGACGGGCGGGGCUGCCACCUCUCACUUGGCCACAGUGGGGCCUGCUGUCCUCUGUUGGGAGAACAUGCAGGAGAGCCACACAGUUGGACAGCUGACAUGGAGCUGGAUCAGUUAUGGGAGAGCUGUGGGUGUGGGAGGGAGGAGCUUGGCCUUAGGGGAAGAAGAUUCUCUUCCACUGCACAGUAACAAUUCACCCUUGAGUUAAAUCCCUUUUAAAGCAGAGUUACGUAUCUAAUUUUAUAACUUUAAAAGAGUGUUCCUCAGCCAUUUUUGAUCUGUCAGAAAGGCAAGCUAGAGAAAGAUAACUUUCUUACCUAAAACCACAACUUGGUUUUCCUGUGGUCCUUAGGAGAAAUUCCGGACGCCCUGCCUUGCAUCCAAAGGCUUCCUGGAGCCUCAUCUGUCCCCAGUUCACUCCAGGUUGCAGAGGUAGCACCAACUGCUGGACAUGCCCCCUCAUCCGGGCGCUCCUGCCUCCCAGCCGAGGCCCAAGUGCCUCCUCUCAUCUGGCUGAUGACCCAUCACGAGUCAAGACCCAUCCCAAGCUGCGUGUUGGGCUCAGCCCGCUACCCCUCUGCUGCUUCUGAUCCUCGGUGGCCAUUCGCCUCAUUACUGUUCUUGCUCUGAUUGUUGUGUGUGCUCUCUCAUUGUUAAGGACCAUGAGUGUAUCUCAUGAUUUGUGUGUCCCUGGUAUCUGGAGCAGGGCAAGAAAAAGCACAGCCAAGUGUGCACUUCGCACCUCUCUUGCUUUGUCCUCUCUACACUGUUAUUUAAAACAUUAAAAAAAAUUUUUUUUGUCAUUGCUUUUUUGUUUUCUGACAGUGUAGUCUGCUGGUCUACUGGAAAUACCUCCUCUUCGCCCUGCUGACAUCUCUGUUCAUAAUGCAUUCGACACUUGCAGGCAGUAGCCAGAGUGAGACUGGCCUCUUGUAUGUUUUGCCUUUAGAGUUUGUCUGUGAAUGACUGUCCACUCGCUUGGGGGGCUGCGGGGCAGAGCUCAUCUUCACCUGCUGCUGCUGCUGCUAAGUCGCUUCAGUCGUGUCCGACUCUGUGCGACCCCAUAGACGGCAGCCCACCAGGCUCCCCCGACCCU